AUGUUCAUGAUGUUCCAGAGAUCUGCUGCAGGCUAUGCCUCCAACACGCUGAGCGGCAUGGCCAAGGAGCAGUGCUAUGCCUCCAACACGCUGAGCGGCAUGGCCAAGGAGCAGUGCUAUGCCUCCAACACGCUGAGCGGCAUGGCCAAGGAGCAGUGCUAUGCCUCCAACACGCUGAGCGGCAUGGCCAAGGAGCAGUGUGGAGUGUCAGGAAUGGCAGAGGCAGCAGUGCACUGUUGUGCAGAAGUCUCGCUGAAGGCCACUGUCUGUGUUGCAGGCUAUGCCUCCAACACGCUGAGCGGCAUGGCCAAGGAGCAGUGCUAUGUCUCCAACACGCUGAGCGGCAUGGCCAAGGAGCAGUGUGGAGUGUCAGGAAUGGCAGAGGCAGCAGUGCACUGUUGUGCAGAAGUCUCGCUGAAGGCCACUGUCUGUGUUGCAGGCUAUGCCUCCAACACGCUGAGCGGCAUGGCCAAGGAGCAGUGCUAUGCCUCCAACACGCUGAGCGGCAUGGCCAAGGAGCAGUGCUAUGCCUCCAACACGCUGAGCGGCAUGGCCAAGACGUCCCUGGACCCACACGGACACCUGCGCCAGCCAGAUCCGUACCAGAUGUUCGGCGCGACCAGCAGUCGCCUCGCUAGCUCAGGCUCGGGCCAGAUCCAGCUGUGGCAGUUCCUGCUCGAGCUGCUGUCCGACUCCUCCAACGCCAACUGCAUCACGUGGGAGGGCACCAACGGCGAGUUCAAGCUGACGGACCCGGACGAGGUGGCGCGGCGCUGGGGCGAGCGCAAGAGCAAGCCCAACAUGAACUACGACAAGCUGAGCAGGGCGCUCAGGUACUACUAUGACAAGAACAUAAUGACGAAAGUCCACGGGAAGAGGUACGCCUACAAGUUUGACUUCCAAGGCCUGGCGGCAGCUACGCAGCCGGCGACAGCCGACCCAGCCGCCUACAAGUACCAGUCAGACCUGUUCAUGUCCAGCUACCACCACUCCACCAAGCUCAACUUCAUGAGUCCCCACGCAGGCAUCCCAUCCUCGUCGGCAAGCAUCUUCCCGUCACCCUCGUCAUACUGGACCAACCCGAGCGCCAACCUGUACUCCAACAUUGCUGCUGCGUCCAGCCACUCCAUGACGCAUCAUCCUGGGCAUGUAGCGUCGCACCUCAGCUCGUACCCGCACUACGCAUGA